ACGGAAGUCUGAGGCAGGAGAAGCUGUCCGUCUGAUGGAGGAAGCAGUCGGACUAUUGUUUACGUUUUUUACUGGAAAUCAACAAUAAAACACACGAAAAUGUCUACGAUAUAGCAGCGAUCAGCGGGAUCAUUUGAAACUUAACACGUUAUAUAUUUGUUUUACUAAGUUAUUUUAUAUUUUGGUGGGAUUUGAGAAGGUUUUUAAAGGGUUUUGUUUGUGUUGUGGAGGUGUAAGGCCAGUUCAUGUCAUUAAUGAUCAAAUCUGAUUAAAAACUGACAGAGGAGCUUCAGUUACAGCAAACAGCGGCCAGCGAAGGUCAAACCCCAGAUCUGUCCACUCUCACUCUGCUGUAUUUUAGUUUUACUGUUUUAAUCAAGGGUUUUCAGAGCUUUCAAGACCAUGUAUGCACCACCGGGAACUGCUGCCCCUGGAAACCGGAGGAGAAGAGGUGGAACAGCUCUACCCAAACAGCCAGAGCGGAGUUUAGCAUCCGCGCUGCCCGGGGCGCUUUCCAUUACGGCCCUCUGUACGGCCCUGGCAGAACCAGCCUGGCUCCGCGUCCAUGGAGGAACCUGUCCCAGACAGGAGCUUGGUGUCGCAGAUGUCCUGGGAUAUAUAGAUGACAACCUUAUUAAGGAUUACUGCAUCAACUCUCAGUCCAUCCUGCUCUUGCGGGUCAUUGCGGCUUUCUGUUUCUUGGGCAUUCUGUGCAGCCUCACCGCUUUUCUGUUGGAUGUCUUUGGACCAAAACACCCAGCCCUCAAGAUCACACGCAGAUAUGCUUUCGCUCACAUCCUCACAGUGCUCCAGUGUGCCACAGUGAUCGGCUUCUGCUACUGGGCCUCUGAACUGAUUCUGUCCCUGCAGCAGCAGCACAAGAAGUACCACGGCUCGCUCAUCUACGUCACUUUUGCCAUCAGCUUCUACCUAGUGGCCGGCGCAGGCGGCGCCUCCAUUUUAGCCACGGCCGCCAACCUGCUCCGCCAUUACCCCACAGAGGAAGAGGAGCAAGCCCUGGAGCUCCUCUCAGAGAUGGAGGAGAGCAGUGAAACAUACCCAGUCGACUACGACAUUGCCAACCAAUUCCAACCUCCACCGGCCUACACACCCUGAUCGCCAACUGCUAUCUCCCCACAUGUUCCCCGCCCAACGCCACGCCUUUGGCCUUCAGAUAAAGAAACGAUGUUCAGAUUUUAGGUGCGCCAUCAAAAACAAAUAUAUAAUCAGUAUUCCAGACCAUGCAGAAUGCCCAUGCACACAUUUAAAUGAAUGUUAUACUUUGGCAGAGCUUGAGUGCAUGGAAUAAAUCAAAGAGAAUAAUUAUGGCAUUGCUUGUAGAAUUCCAUUCAAAUUCAUCUUGCAGUACUUUGCAUGUAUCUGGCAAUAAAAACCCACACAGAUUUAGAAAACAGAGUAUUUUUUGGCACGCUUUGUUGAUUAAAGACUUGAAGGAUGCAAAGCAUCUCAGCGUUAUGCUUGGAGAUGCAUUUACUGGCAAUUUCGUUGGCACACUAAACUGUGGGGAAUUAGUCUUAUUUUUGUUUAUCCAAAGGAUUCAUUGCAGGUUUCUCAUGUUUUUCCAUUUAAAAUGUUGAGCUGCACUUUUUGACUCAUGUUCCUAUUUUUCAAUCAGUCUAUUUUCUUUCAUUUUUUUUCCUUUCGUGCUAUCAAAGUAUACUUUUAUUUAUUGUAAUUAAUCACUAGUACACAGAUGCUGCCAUAUCCACACAUUCACCCCAUUGCAUUUUAAAACAUAAUUUUUAAUCAGUAAUUCUAAUGUCACUUUAACGCACAUAUAGCCCAAGAUGGAUGGACAAAUUAUUUAUUAUUUAUUCUCCGGUCGAAACAAACUCUCAAAGAAACUAGAAAGUGAAUAUUUUAUGUACCUGUAAUUUGGAGGCUUUCAGGUUUGCCAACAUCACCUUGUGAGUGUGUUCUAUAUUAAUUGGACUUUUUUGUUUUUUUGUGAAAUUGUAUUUGCUGUGUUUUGAUAGUAAUAGUGUGAGCGAUGAACGAGUCUUAACACAUUCGAUUAUGAUUGUAUCCACGAUUCACUCUGGUCUGAUUAUUUUUGAUAAAAUCACUGCAUGACAUUUGAUACUGCACUUGUGUUGCAUAAAUGGACUGUGAAUGGUCAGAUUUCACACAUGCUGUUCAAUUUUGGUUGUUUUUAUAGUAAUCCGGUGGUUUUGUGUUCUAGAUUAUUUCUCGUUUCCUUUCUGUGUUUCAUUUGAAAUACGUUUACUGACAUGGAAAAUAAAAAAAAAAGUCUAAACAA